AUGAUCGCCUCGGACAAUGCCCCGGCCGAUGUGGUCUAUCCAAAAGGCAUGAAGUUUGCCAUAUUGAUGAUUUCACUAUAUAUCAGCAUGUUCCUGGUUGCCUUGGACAAACUCAUUAUCUCUACUGCUAUACCCGCUAUCACGAACGAGUUUCAUGCUACGAGUGACAUUGGUUGGUACGGUACAGCUUACCUUCUUACCAACUGUGCCUUCUUGUUAGUAUUUGGCAAACUAUAUACCAUCUUGGAUAUCAAGACGACCUUUAUGACUGCCAUGGUACUCUUUGAGAUUGGCUCAGCUAUCUGUGGUGCUGCCCCAAACUCGAUUGCUUUCAUCAUUGGAAGAGCUGUCGCAGGUCUAGGCGGUGCUGGUACGCAGUCUGGUAUCCUCGUCAUCAUUGUCUAUGCUGUCCCUCUUGAGAAGCGGCCUCAGUACCAGGGCCUCUUCGGUGCAGUCUUUGGAAUUGCUUCAGCUAUUGGACCUGUCAUUGGAGGUGUCUUCACAACCCACGUCACUUGGAGGUGGUGCUUCUACAUCAAUCUCCCCCUUGGCGCCGUUGUUUUGACCUUUGUCUUCCUAUUUCUCCAAGUUCCUCGCCAAUUUACUCAGAAGACCGGCCUGAUGUACAAGCUCCAGCAACUGAACGUACUCGGCUUGAUUGCUCUCAUCCCUGGUGUCGUUUGCCUCUGCCUGGCUCUCCAAUGGGGUGGCUUCGAGUAUAGCUGGAAAAAUGGUCGUAUUAUUGCUUUGCUCGUGGUUGCUUUCACCCUCCUUAUCGCCUUUGUCCUCAUCCAAGUUUGGAAGCCCGAGCAAGCAACUGUCCCUCCUCACAUCUUCGCCAAGCGCAGCAUUUUCGGUGGCUUUUGGGUGAGCUUUUGUAUUGGUGCCCAUCAGACACUGUUGAUUUACUUCCUCCCUGUCUGGUUUCAGGUCAUCAACGGAGAUUCUGCCAUGAACAGUGGAAUUCAUCUCUUGGCCAUGGUACUUGCUCUUGUUGUUGGCUCCAUCAUCAGCGGCGUUCUCACCUCUCGCAUUGGAUAUUAUAUGCCGUUCCUCAUUGCCGGAAUCUGCAUUUCUUCCAUCGGCGCUGGCCUUUUUACUAUCCUUGGUACUAAUGCCUCGGAAGGCCAGUGGAUUGGAUAUCAGAUUGUAUAUGGCUUUGGUCUCGGUGCCUGUUCCCAGGCUCCCAACAUGGCCGCCCAGACUGUUCUUCCACGCAACCAGGUAUCGAUUGGCGCUUCGCUCGUCAUCUUUGCCCAAACACUCUCCGGUGCCAUCUUCGUUUCUGUUGGCACCAACGUGCUCGAUGGAGAAUUGGCCAAGCGUUUGUCCGCUUUCACAAGCGUUACUCCUAAGCAAAUCGAGUCCGCUGGCUUAACAGGUCUUCUCAAGACUAUCCCUGAGAAGUUCCACAAGGAGACACUGACUGCCUACAACGAUUCGCUGCAUAUUUGCUUCCGCGUCGCACUCGUCAUGGCUUGCCUGGCUAUCUUGGGGGCGUUGGCUAUGGAGUGGGCCAGCGUGAAGAAAGAAGUAGUCGAGACAACAAAGGAGAGUGACAAUGAGGUAGAGGAGAAGUCGGUUGUUUGA